CAUACGUUAAAACUGAUUCUUCUCAUUUAAUAAACACAGAGUACUAUAAAGUGCAUAUUGUAUUUUUACCCAUGUAUUAAAGUUAAAAAUAUCACAUAGUUCCGGGAAAACAUUAAAUCAAUUCAUUACAAAUGUGCCUUAAAUGACGAUCUUUACCAAGAAUUCUUAAAAUGUUACUGAACUGGAUAAUAGACACAGCAAUAUUAUCAUUCGUUGGAUUGCUAUGAUAACUUUGAUAAAGUAUGACAGCAGUUUCUUCUACAAGAGAUGCUUUUAAGACGGCGACAUCAAAUAUUUCUCCGAAUGAAAGAUCAAGAACAGACGGGUUUGAUGACAUAAGGCCAUCACAGUCAAUCACAGAAGAACAAAACUACCAUACUUACGACCUUAUAUCGACAGAAAUUCAAGAUGAACCACGAGUCCAAGGUUAUUUAUCCUAUUUUUCAACUUUUGCUGGAGAAAAAAUUACUGAUCGCUAUGCUGGAGAAAAAAUCAAACAACACUCACGAGUAGUUAAAACAUCAUGGACACCCAAGGCAGAUAUGCAGUUAGGCACAAUAGUCAAGGUGAAGAAAUCAGGAAAAGAAGUCCAUGUGCAAUGGGACAAGCUUGAAGAAAAAGUUAACCUGCUUGAUCUACGCUUAGUUGACAAUGCGCCAACAGAGAAAAAAGAAAAAAGUUCAAGAGUGGUAUUGACAUCGCGAACAACCAUUAACAACAGUACAGUAAGCGGAAUGCAAGUUGAAAGAAAAGUUAACCUACGUUUAUUAGACAAUGCACCCAUGGAAAAAAUGGAACAGGGAGCAAGAGUAGUAAAGAAAUCAUGGACACCCAAAGAAGAAAUGCCUUUAGGCACAAUAGUUAUGGUGAAGAAAUCAAGAAAAGAAGUUAAUGUCCAAUGGGACCAGAUUGAAGAAAAAGUUGACUUGCAAGAUUUAAGAUUAGCGUCAAGUUUUCAAUGCGUUAACAGUGAAAAAAAGGAAGGUUCAAGAGUAGUAAAAGUGGAAUCGACAACCAAAGAAGAAAGUUCUCUAGGCACAAUAAUUAAGGUCAACAAAACAAAACAAACAGCUCGUGUUCAAUGGGACAAGCAGCCUGAAGAAAAAGUUAAGCUGGUUAAACUACGUUUAGUCGGCAAUUAUCUUACAGAUAAAAUAGAGAAAGGUUCUAGGGUAGUUAAAAGAUCACAGACAACUAGAGAAGAAAUACCUUUCGGCACAAUAGUCAACAUAAAUCAAUUCAAAAACGAAGUUCAAGUUAAAUGGGAUAAGCCUGAAGAAAAAGUUGACCCGCUUGACCUUCGCUUAUAUGAUAAUGCGCCAUCAGGUGUAAAGCAUACUAACGUAACAUGCGAUGAAUGUUAUACAUAUCCUCUGCGUGGCAUACGAUGGAAAUGUCUUCACUGCGACAGCUACGAUCUUUGCACCGUCUGCUAUAUGGUUGAUGAACACAAUGUAAAUCAUAUCUUCAGUCGUAUCCAAAGUGAGGAUUCAAAAGGGAAAGAAAUAUCACCACGGUUUGAUGUAAACCUGACUGGCUAUGCAUUUGCAUGUGGCAUACUAGAGAAUGCAGAAGUUUCGCUUCGGAAAGAUAUCAGAAAAAGAGGUGUAGUACUGGCAAUACGUGAGGAUUUAAUUGACGUACAAUGGUUGACUAAUAAUAAAAGAAGUCGACACAAUAUACUGGAAUUACAAUGCGAGAAUGCGGAAGCACGGCAGUUUUAUCCGGAUCAUCUGCCGAUACUUGGAAAAGAUACUUUAGGCCACCUUGACGUUGAUUUCAGCCACAACAAUAUAACAGAAAAGAUUCAGGUGAACAUUCGGUAUCGGAUUGAAAAGGAACAGAAACGAUCAUACAAACCUGUGUUGUACCUCAUUUUUGCAAAUAAUCAAGACAUAGAUCACAAAAAAGACAGAUGUCUCCUAAUGGAUGAAGUCUUUGAAUAUUCAAAAAAGACAAAACUGGCAUGCCAUGUCAUCGGAAAGAAGGUAUUGUUUCUGCAUGGUUCUUCACGAGUUGUAUGUAUUCACCAUACCACUAGUAAUCAUACAAUCAAGGAAUUAGUAAAGAAAGGAUUUCGAAUUUUCGAAAGAGGGGAUACAAACACCAAAGAAAGUGAAAUCAAAUACUUCAUUAGAAUGGCAGAAUAUGUGUUAGAUGAGAAAGUUCUACCAGUCAUUAUUUCUUUGCGUAAUGGAGGAUUGAAUAAAGACGUAUUAGUUAGUGCUAGUAGUUUAUUACUCCCGAUUAUUCGAUUCAAGAAAAACAGUCCAGACGCUACCGUUUUGACACUUGAAAAUAAUGGAUCUAUUGAACAAGCAACUGAACAUAUUACAAAUUUAAAGACUCCAUGGACUGUCAGAAAAUCAGAAACCCUUAUUGUAAUCAAAAAUGCAGAAACAGCAGAAGAAAUUUCAGCUAUCAAUGAUGUGCAAAGUAAUUUGGAUUUCGGAGCUCUAAUAUGUCACGUGGUUAUUGGAGUUUCCAUGGCAAACAAACAUAAAGUAUUCGAGACAGAUAAAGAAGUGUACGCAAACGUAUUAUCGAUGUACCUUUUGAAGAUUGAAAAAUGGCGAAUUCAGGAGGACGCCAUUAAAAUGGCAUUUGAUCAUCGAUCUAUUGAAUACAUCUAUGAAAAGGAUUUGACAACUGCAUUUGCUAGUGGAUUGCGGACUGAUUUGGAAGCUUUGUCCAGGUUAACUUAUUUACCAACAGAUUGGAAAGAAAAAGAUAUUGAGCAGGCAGUCUCAAAUUCUGAUGUCAUCGGACUCAUAUUUUUAACAUUACUGCGGAAACAGUUUUAUUCUGGGGCUACUCAGCUUGUAGAUACAGGAUUUGUUCGCAUUAGUCAUAUUUUAGUCGGAUGCAAAAUUCUACAAGAUGCUAGUGAUGAUAAGAAGAAUGAGCAAAUACAGAGGGAGACAUCACAAAGAUUAAAACUAUAUUUCACAGAGCGUGCAACCCUGAUUACAGGAUUUAUUUACGAGGCCAAUUUAAACAAUGAUUUAGUUGAAAAUGAACUUGAUGAAGCAGUAAAUCAUGCUGGUCGUCUUUUGGUGAACCAUGGGUACUUAGAAGAUGCAAUUAGGACACAGAACAAGGCAUUUCUUGAAAACAAAAUCGUUACUGAUAUCCUGCAUAAAAUGUGGUACGGAGAGGAGAAAUUUUUAUUCCGUCAGGUAGGAGUUUUCAUCCUGUUAGCCCUAAUACACUUACUUGUGAUGCCAGUAUUGAUGAUCAACAUAACAGCUCCUCCUCUUAAAUGGUUCUACCAGAAAUACAAUCUCCCUUUUAUGAAAGCCUUUAUUCAAAUGCUUGGAUACUUGGCUUUGCUGGUGACAUAUGCAUACAUGUUGCUCUUCAACCCUGAUGAAAACUUUUCUUGGACAGACGGAUUAAUAGUAGGAUGGAUGAUCAGUUUUUUGUUUAAUGAAAUUAAGCAGGCAAUUGUUUCAGCUUUACGACAUAGAUUUAAAAGGUAUAUGUGUAAUGUAUGGAAUCUCCUAGACUGGGCAGUGAUGUUUGUAUACGCAAGUGGAAUGUUUUUAAAAUUUGGAGACGAUGGGACCUAUGAAGACUCGACAAAAAUAUUAUUAGUCUUAACUUUCAUUUUACUCAGCAUUCGUAUAUUAAACAUGUUUAGUAUAUCUGAAUACCUUGGACCAAAACUUGUUAUUAUUCAAAAAAUGUUCAAAGACACGUUUGUAUUUCUUAUCAUCUUAACAGUUAUCAUGAUGAGCUACAAUGUCUCAUAUCAUUCAUUGCUCUACCCAAACUCUGAACUUAGUUGGAAAGAGAUAGAGAACGUAAUGCAGAAUGGUUACUGGAUGCUUUUUGGAGAAAAUGGGUUAAUAGACAGCGAUACACUGGAUGAUUGUACUGACAAUAAAACCAUUUAUACAAGUAGUGACCAUAAAGAAAGGAUGGCUAGAUGUCCUACGCAUUUGGGAAUACACAUUUCGCCAUAUUUGAAAGCCCUCUAUGGAUUGAUUGCAGUGAUUUUACUAUUGAAUCUGCUCAUAGCAAUUUACAGUGACACAUAUAAAAAAGUGAAUGAUGAAUGUAAGUUCCAUUGGUCGCAGAUUCAGACUGAUUUCCUUGAGGAGUAUAGCAUAGAGACAAUUUUCCCAAUACAUUUGAAGCUUCUUAUGUUACCUUUUGGUCUUAUCCAUGUCUUCAUUUGGUUAACUGAAUAUUGUUGCUUCAAAAAAAAAGAUCGAAGAUUGAAUAAAAUCCAACACGAAGACCAACACGACAGUUCAAAUUCUUAUGACAGUGAAAGGGACAAGUUAAAGGAAAAUCCAAUGUUUGUACGAGUGUUUUUGUACAACGCAGACUAUGAUCUAAAACUAAAAUCAACAGAAGAAGCGGAGAGAAUCGGAGCGGCUAGGUCAAAAGGGAAAAUUGAGAUCACAGAAGAAGAUAAAAUAACGAAACUUCAAAAUCAAAUGGACGUUAUGAACAGAGAGCUUAAGGACCAGAAUUUAAGAGCUGACGAGAUGUUGAAGAUAAUCAAAGAAGAUGUGUUGAAAAUGAUCAAAAAUGAUAUGUUGAAGAUAAAUCACGACAAUAUGAAAGAGAUAAAAUCUAUGAUAAGGGCAGAGUUCAAGCACAACACGGAACAAGAAUUCCAGCCUGCAUCAACUCAAUUGUAAAAGUGAGAUAUUGUUAUCCUUUAUGAUAAUAAACCGUGCAUAUGUGCCAUUUACAAGAUACUAUACGUCAUACAUCGUGUUACAGAUCUAGAUUCAGCCGUUGAUGAAAAACAUCACACGUCGAAAGAUAUAUUUCAGCUUUAAGUUAAUCAUUUGAUUAUUCAUUUUAAAAAGGCUUUAAUUGGAAGCUUUAGAAUUUUAUUUUUCAGAAUUGAUUUCCUAAAACUAUGAAUUCGAGAUGCAAACUUAAGUGCAUUUUCUAAGUUAAAAUCAGUUAGAGGUUUUGUAUUAUAUAUUGGAUAUAACCAUCUAAAAAAAGCGUUUAUCGUGCUUAUUAAUUGAAAACAAGUAGCAUGGUUAAUCAGAUUAUGUAAAUCCAAUUCAAUAAAUGGUUUAACAAUAAUUUGUUCUCAAAUCAAACAGCAACAUGGAGUCAACAUUUUAAGUACUUUUAAGGAUUUACCGAAUAGAAGGUUUUCACUUUCAUUUGAAUAUCAUAUAGUAUUUGUAAAUGUCAGCAUUCAAAUAUUUAUUAAAAAAUACAUUCCAUUUACCUAAAUAGAUACGUCAAUAAAAGCUUUCAUCUGAUUUAUCACUUACGAAAUUGAUAAUAAAUAUACAUGUACAAUUUGAAUCUAAAUAGAUAAUUGUGACUUUCGAAAAUGAGUCAAGAACUUUGAGUGUUUGGAAAAAUAUUGUUGUCUUCAAUACUUUCGACGAUUAUAAACUAUCGUGUCUAUAUUAUAUAUAUUUAAUUGGUUUCGUUUGAAGCAAAAUCGAAGUUCUCUUAGAUCCCAUAAUCACGAUAAUAAAAUAUAAAAAAAUAAAAAUAAUUACAAGUAUCAAUGUAAGACAGUAAUUUCGAAUCAAUAUUACAUGCGUUCAGUUGGCCAAUUGUUCGAAUUUUAGAACUGUUUAAUGGGGAAAACACACUUACAAACAAAAUCCGCUUAUGAUGUUGUAUAUCCUUUAUCAAAUGAAAUUCAAAUAGUCAGGCCUAAGAAACAAUCAAGAAUCAUAUUACAUUUGAUGCACAGCAUGAAUUUACCAACGAGAAAUCAAAACCACGUGUCGAAGAAGGACACACACCACUUUGGUCAAGAGAAGAAAACAAAAAACGUCGAGAAAAGUUUACAAAGUCUUAUUCAGAAAAAUAAAGUUCAGCGACACGAAAUACAACACUAACAGAAAUUAAAUCAAAUGUUGAAAAAAGGUCAAGACUAGUGACAUUCGUCGUGUUACACCUGUUAAAUAAGCCAUAGCCGGUGAUAUGAUAUCAUAUAGUAACUAGUUGGUUUUGUUUGACUAUUUUAAUAAAUCACUGAUACGUGUAAAAAAAUGCAACCCUUAUUCAUGACCAAAUGUUAUAUAUUUAAAUAUAUACAAACGUUCAUGACAAAGAAUAAAUGAAGAUCGAUACAUGAAUACAGGAACGGUAUAGAUAUUAAAGCAUAAAACUUCAAAAUAAAUACUAAAAAAUUAACAACACAUAAAACUAAAGCACUGGCAACACAAACCCUUUCAAUAAAACUAUGGGUAAAUAAAAAAGAAAAAUGGAGAGUUAUGAAAAAUAGUAAGUUAAUUAAAACAUACACUCUGGUUGGAAAGAAAAACAAAGAACGAGCAAUACGAACCUCUAAAAAACCGGUUGUGAACUUAGAUUCUUAGAAAGAUUUUAAUACACCACAAUGCCGCACCCGUUGUUUUGCUCAUGACCAGAAAAUGCAAUUGCUUGAUACAUUACAUUUGAUGAUGUUUUAAAUGAGACAGUAAUUCCGUAAUCGUCAACCAAGUAACCAAAUUUUAAGGUGUCUAUAAUUCUUUAAAGACAGGACUUCGGCUCUACAAUAAAGAAAUACUGGUUUAAUGAAAACAAAAUGGCAUUUUCCUUUACAUUCACCUUCCUCUAUAUAGAUAAUGUGUUCUGGCUGAAAACUUAAAAUGUUGUGACUAACUAGAUCGCAUCUAUCUUAAACAACUUGAAAAACAGCAUAUCACAGAUACAUUUAUAUCUGCUUCAUAUCUUUGUUUACAUUUAGAUAUUGACAAUAGCGAUUAGUUUACAACUUAACUUUUCGACUAAUUAAAAAGAAAUAUUGCAAUUUUUCAUUGGUGGCCUUUCCAUCUCUCGGUAGCAACAUUCUAUCAUUAUUUACAUAAGGAGUAUUUAUCUCCUAGUUGAUAUGAUAAUGCAGAGUGUGGGUUUCCUACUAUGAUUUUCUUCAUUGAAGAUUUUAUUUUUUAUAAUAUGAACAAACGGAAAUGUGGGGUAUUCGUAACUGAGAGAGAAAACGAACCAAAAACAAUUAAAAGAUAUCAAUAGGACAAUAUACAGUCUUCAACGAUAGAAAUUUAUUGUUUCUGGUUUUGUCUUCGAGGACAUCAUACUCGUCAAGCCAUGCAAUAUUUUUUUGUAAAGCGAUUGGAACAGUGUGAAUCAACAAAGUAUUAUUUCUAUAAAAGUGAAAAAAAAGGUCUAAUGGCUACUCCAUUAAUAACAAUAAUAAUGAUGAUAAUGAUAAACAUUGCAAGUGCAUUUUUUUCCUGUAGAAUAUGAAAUUGUUGAAUAGACGAUAAAAAGAAUUAAGGAAACAAAAGUUGUUCAGACAUUUAUUAUACGUUAUACGUGAUCAAUUUAUAUGUAUAUUAAGUAUAUAAUUAUUUUAUAGUAUUUGAAAUCAUGUGUCUAACAUCUAAAUAAUGUUUGUACGAUAAACUAUUAUUUUUUUCUAUCUUAUUAUUUAUAUUUUUUGGGGGAGGGAGUGGGGUUUUUUGUUGUUUUGUUUUGAUUUGUUUUGAUUUUUUUUUUGCGGGUGUUGUGGUGUAGAUGGGUUGUUAAUUUACCUCGUUUUUAGAAGAUUUGUUAUGUUUUGUUUUUAAAUACUGUGAUAUCAAGUGCCUAAUUCUCCAAUGUAUUUAUAAUUAUAUUUUAUUUUGUUUUGAUUAGUUUAUUUUAGCACAUAUCUAUAAAUGUAUUAAGUUGGGAUUAUUUCUUGUUUUUUAUUUGGUUUGUUUAAGAUUUGUAAUAACAUGUGAGAUAAUCUGAAUGUUUAAAUUGUAUAUGUUCGACGCUAUGAAAUGUCUAGUAAGUUGAUAAACAUGAAGCGGAUGGUUUUUCCAGAGAUAUUGUAUAUGUUGAUUUUGUUUGCCAUAACCAAUAGAUGUCUUUUGAAUGUUGUUUUUGUCUUGUUAAUAAACUGUUUAUGCUA